AUGUCUCAAGACCACACUCAACUUGAUAGCAAUGUGAUAUGCCAGCACAUAUUCCCCAUGGUGCAUGCUGAUGCGACAAUUUGUGUAAAGGUGUUACAAGGAUCAGUAGAGUCAGCGUACGGGUACAAGGUGUCUUACAAGAAGGUUUGGCACGCGAAGCAGAAGGCAAUCGCAAGGAUCUACGGUGAUUGGGAUGAGUCGUAUGACCAGCUGCGUAGAUACUUCAAUGCGCUGCAAGCUUUCGUCCCAGGGACAAUUGUUGACCUCCAAACGGUUCCGUACUAUGUCAGAAACACUCUUGACCGUGAUAGUGUCAUGUUUUACCAGGUUUUCUGGUCGUUCCCUUCAUGUGUUCAAGCUUUUAGGCACUGUAAACCGCUGGUGUCAGUGGACGGAACACACCUGUAUGGUAAGUACGCUGGCACCCUUCUCAUGGGCAUAGCACAUGAUGGAAACAAUAACAUUCUACUCGUCGCUUUCGCACUUGUCGAAAAAGAGAAUACAGAUUCAUGGUACUUCUUUCUGACCAAUUUGAGGAGACAUGUAGCGACUAGGCCAGGAGUUCUGCUCAUCUCCGAUAGGCAUGCGGCAAUAAAGGCCACAUUGGAGCGUGAAGGAUGUGGCUGGGAACACAAUGUUUACUGUGUACGACAUAUUGCCUCCAACUUCGCAACAAGUUUCAAGAGUAAGGAAGCCAAAAGACACCUGGUUAAUGCCGCGUAUUCGAAGACGCAAGAGCAGGCGUAG